AAGACUUUUGAAUAUUUUUGAUUAUUGAAUGGAAAAAAUUAGAACAAUUUUAAGAAAAUCUUUCUAUAUUUUAAUUUUAUUGCCAUAAAUAUUUGUACUUAUGCGAUUUAAAGAACAUAAUUCAUAUUCUGUGUUUUUUCUUCGCUAAAUAAUAUUAAGUAUGUCACACGUAACGGAUGUAAAAUUUCUUUUUUCUAGGUUAUUUUCUCUAAAAAAUGGAGUUAAUAACCCUAGAUGGGGUAUUAGAAAAUUUAGCCAGGACAUUGACAAAUCAGCUCAGGCUUUAUGUAAGGGCAGUGUGACUCCUCUACCACCACUGUCUGAGCCAAUUUCAAACCUACCGCCGGUUUUGUAUGCUUCUGCUAAAUCAGAAGAUUACUUCACUGAAGUUACAACCCUAAGCAAUGGAUUGCGUGUUGCAUCUGAAAAAAAAUUUGGACAGUUCUGUACUGCUGGUGUUGUCAUUGAUUCUGGACCAAGAUAUGAAGUAGCAUACCCAAAUGGUAUUUGUCACUUUCUCGAAAAGUUAAGCUUUGGAGCUACCCAUAAAUAUGCCACUCGUGAUGUUAUGCUUAGAGAGCUUGAGAGACAUGGCGGCAUAUGCGAUUGUCAGGGCUCCCGGGAUACUACAGUUUAUGCUACUAGUGCUGACUCUCGAGGCCUGGAUGCCGUUACACAGGUUUUAGCUGAAGUAACUUUAAGGCCACAGCUAUCCACAGAAGAAAUAGAAGCAGCGAGGCAAGCUGUUGCUUUCGAAUUAGACACUCUAUCCAUGAGACCAGAACAGGAAACAAUAUUAAUGGACAUGAUACAUGCUGCAGCCUAUAAAGGAAAUACUCUUGGACUACCGAAAAUUUGCCCACCAGAAAAUGUUAAUAAAAUAAAUCGAGGCAUAAUUUUAAAUUAUUUAAAAAACCACUACACACCUGACAGAAUGGUGGUUGCGGCAGUUGGGGUUGAUCAUGAACCGUUUGUGGAGUUUGUUCAGAAAUAUUUUGUUGAUAUGAAACCAACAUGGCACUCUGAAGAUAGCAGUCCAUUUACGCCGGCCAUUGAUAAGUCUAUUGCACAAUACACUGGAGGGUUAGAACAGGAAGAAUGUGAAAUCCCUUUGUACCCAGGAUCUGAUUUACCUGAAUUGUCUCAUGUAGUAAUUGGUUUAGAAAGUUGUUCUCACAGCGAUCCAGAUUUUGUACCUACCUGUGUGUUGAAUAUGAUGAUGGGCGGAGGUGGAUCGUUCUCGGCAGGCGGACCAGGCAAGGGAAUGUAUACUCGCCUAUACACAAAUGUAUUGAAUAGAUAUCACUGGAUGUUCAAUGCAACCGCGUAUAAUCACGCUUACGGUGACACUGGUCUGUUUUGUGUUCACUCUGCAUCGCCUCCGAAUCGUCUAUACGAUACCACUAUCGUAAUUGCCCGUGAACUUGCUAACAUGGCUGGGAAGGUCGGCGAAGUAGAACUGAGGAGAGCGAAAACACAGCUACAAUCAAUGUUGCUAAUGAAUCUGGAAGCAAGACCGGUAGUGUUUGAAGAUGUAGGCCGUCAGGUACUAGCUACAGGCAAGAGGAAACCACCUUCAUUCUUCAUCAAUGAAAUAGAAAAGAUAACGGCAGACGAUAUUGUACGUGUAGCGCGGCGUAUGUUGAACGGCCGGCCGUCAGUGGCUGCACGCGGCAAGUUAGCACAUUUACCUACUUUCGAGGAAAUCCAAGCCAACAUGUCUCUCACCAGUAGCGAUGCCUCGCCCCAGGGGCGAAGGCUGAAUUUAUUCCGUGUUUAAUUUAUCUAUUACAUAAUUAUAGUAAUUCAAUAUAGUUCUGCAUUUUAUUGUUA